AUGACGACGAACCGUUGGUACCAUCACCACCACCACCGGGAGCCGCUGGAGGAGGAGAGUGGCCGCAAGGUCGCGGGGCCGGGAGCCGCGUCGCAACAGUUCCGGAUAGCCGGCCGGCGGAAGCAACAGACCGGACGCAGUCGGGGCCACCGGACGGGGGUGCUGGCGGCGCUGGCGCUCGCGCUGCUGUUGGCCGCGGUCAACGCCGAACCGAACUGCCCGUCGGCGUGCCAGUGCAAGUGGAAGGGCGGCAAGCAGGCGGUGGAGUGCCUGAGCGGCAACCUGUUCACGAUCCCGGAGAACAUCGACCACUCGACGCAGGUGCUGGACGUGUCCGGCAACAAUCUGCAGAUCAUCUCGAACGAGACGUUCGUGCGCUCGAACCUGCUGAACCUGCAGAAGCUGUACAUGCGCGACUGCCGGAUCGGCCAGAUCGACGACGGGGCGUUCGCGGGCCUCACGAACCUGGUGGAGCUGGACCUGUCCAUCAACCUGCUGACGGCGGUGCCGUCGGCCGCGUUCCAGCACAUCGUGUCGCUGCGCGACCUGACGCUCGCCCGGAACCACAUCCAGAAGAUCGAGAGCCACGCGUUCCGGAACGUGACGGCGCUCACCAAGCUGGACCUGUCGUUCUGCAGCAUCCAGACGAUUGCGCCGCAGGCGUUCGAGGGCCUCGGCUCGCUGCACUCGCUGAAGCUGAACGGCAACCAGCUGUCCGAGCUGCGCCCGAAGACGAUCGAAACGCUGAGCCGGCUGCACGGCAUCGAGCUGCACGAGAACCCGUGGGUGUGCGACUGCCGGCUGCGGGCGGCCAAGCUGUGGCUGACGGAGAACAACAUCCCGUACCCGAUCGCGCCGACGUGCGCCGGCGGGCCGGAGCGAGUGCUCGACAAGACGUUCGGCGAGCUGCAGGUGGACGACUUCGCCUGCAAGCCCGAGAUGCUGCCGGUGCGGCGCUUCAUCCAGGCGUACAGCGGCGAGAACGCGACCAUCGAGUGCCGCAGCUCGGCGGUGCCGUCGGCCACGGUGAACUGGUUCUGGAACGGCAAGCUGCUGGUGAACAACUCGCACUUCAGCGCGUACCAGCGCGUGCUGGUGUACGAGCAGGGCAACUUCGAGAAGCGCAGCAAGCUGGUGCUGACCAACGCGCAGGAGACGGACUCGAGCGAGUUCUAUUGCGUCGUGGAGAACAGGGCCGGCACGGCCGAGGCGAACUUCACGCUGCACGUGGCGAUGCGCGACAUCGGGUUCGCGAUCGAGAACCGGCAGAUCAUCGGGCUGAGCGCGGCCCUCGUCAUACUGAUACUGUUCAUCCUGCUGAUCAUACUGUUCCUGCUGGUGCGAUUACGGCGCAUACCGAUGACGGAGACGAAAACCCCGAACCAGGUCGAGGUGAUCACGUCCGUAAGUCCCUCUAGCAAUGUAAAUGGCAAGGUGGCGACGCCUAUUAACGAUUGUCAUUCUCCAGAUCGAAAAAACGCCCCCGGCGAUCUAAAGUGCUGCCAGUCGGCGGCCAACCCGGUGCAGAAGCCGCCCCGGCUGACCGACCUGCCCUACUCGACGUCGCACUACGACGGCGGCGGCAGCCUGAUCGCGUCCGGCCAGUGCUUCGUCUCGCCCACGCACUCGCUCACCGGCAACAAUCCGGACCUGAUCAACGACACCAAGCGGCUGGGCAGCGGCACCGACCUGGCGGCCACCGGGGCCACCCCGCUCGAUCCGCUCGCCCACCUCACGCAGCUGCAGCUGCAGGCCACCACGGCCCUCAACACGCUCUCGCUGAUGGACCCGGUCGAGCGGCCGGGCAGCGGCGAGUACAGCCGGGCCGGCUGCGACUCGCUCUAUCCGUCCGGACUGUGGGAAACGCACAGCUCCAACCUGACGGCCGCGCUCGACUCGCGCGAGGCCGGCGCCGGCGGCGACCUGCUGAUGGCCCGCACACCCGCCUACUCCGACAAGCAUCCGAUCCUGGGACAGGCGAGCGCCGGAACCACCACCCUCAACAUGGACGACGAGACGUCCUCGGUGGACUACCUGAGCCGGACGUUCCCGCGGACGCACGCGGGCACCACCAGCCUCUCGGUGGCGGGCUCGGCCACAUCCGCCAGCUACGGCAGCGCGGCGACGGCGGCGGCGACCGGCGGCUAUCCGGCCGACUACGGCCUCCCGAUCGUGCCGGGCGCCGAGCAGCUGCACAACAAGCUGGCCAGCGCGCAGCCGGCCCACCACGGCAGCACCGGCAGCAUGCCGAUGAACGCGAAGACGCUGCGGGUGUGGCAGAAGGGCGGCGUGCCGGUCCUCCCGCCGGUGACGGCCUUAAAACGUGCAUUAUCCAACAGCCGCAACUCGCCCGACGAAGGCUACCAGGAGGGCUGCGGGACGGACGUGUAGUCCAGCUUUUAGUCUUUCCGCUUGCGCCUUUCCACCCUGGAGCCGGAGCCCGAACAGGACCAGGAUGCGGAAGACGACCAGCAGCCCCCCUCCCCGGCCCCGAGUGACCAGCCGCCACCAGACUUGACCUGAAGCCGCCGCGUCGGAAGCAGCAGCAACCGACCGAACGCGCCUGCACGUAUGCAAUCGACGUGCCUGCCGAGGCUAAAGCGUGCUCGAUCGAUUCGAAAGUAGUUUAGAUAAAUCCCGUUCGCUUCGGAUCAAAGCAACCGUAAAGCGGGCAAACACUGUCUCACCAGUUCGCAAACGACACGACGAAACGUGGUGCAGCGAGGAAAAGCGAAGCAGCGAACGAAAACUGAACGAAAAAUAUCACCUGAGUGAGAGCGUCGCGUGGUAGCCACGAACAGUCCGAAUGCGGCAUCCCUGCGAAAGCCUUUCUUUACGCGAGGGGUGGAGAUGCGCCACGAUGCGACCACACGCCGUGCGUAUCGAUGAGAGUGUAAACCUAGCAAAGACAGUGUUGUUAACCUAUUUUUUGUCGGUGGUCGAUUCGGUACUAUCUGUCGAUUCGUCUCUUCGCGUGAGGCACUUCGUAUGGGUCACUCGCAGGAUCCAGCUGGUUGCCGGAUGCGGGUGUACAGUGAGGUUAGUCGAGGGUGCGCUACAGACACAGGGGGUGAAAGGAGCAAAGCGGGAAGCGAAUGAAUGUGAUAAGUACUGUGAAAGGUACACUUUUUCUUUCCUCUGAUUUAUUUUAUUUUUAUACAUAAUAACCACGUGCACGGUUGCGUGCUGGAAGCUUUCUCGAGAAUCUUUCUGCGAGAGAGAGAGAGAGAGCGAGCGGAAGUGGAAAAGCGGGGCGAUGGAAAACGAUGUCGCUCCCACCCCACGCACCGGUGGGUGGCCAGUUCGAUGAGUGUUGUUUUCCUUUAUCCUAAUGUUACGUUUGUACGCCCACGUGACGGUUGGUGUGGGGUAAGACCCCGAAAGUUUUCGUGCCGCACUUCAAACUUUACACAAACCCGACACGAGCCCCUAGUGGCUGGUGGGGACGCGUAAGGUAGGGGAAGAGUUUUCGGGAAAAACAAGUUUGAACAUAUAAAAUAGUGUGAACGAAACCGGUGGAGAUUGCAGGACGAAAUGGAAAAGUAACAAAAGAAUGUUAUGAAACACUCACAUACACACUCUCUGAGACAGAAAAGACUUGUAAACUUAAUUAAUGAAGGUAAAUACUUAGGUGUACAGAAAACUUUGUUUAUAUAAUUAUAGCGAAGAAAAAGUAAAUUAUAUCUAUAUACACAGACACAAGAAAGGGAACGAAAAAUAAGCGUGACAAAAAGUCCGGAAUCGAUCCAAUCGGUAGGGUUGAAGAGAUGAAAAAAUCAGCAAACCGGUGGGGCGUUGAUAAUGCGUGAAGGGAAAAAAACAUGCAAAUGGAAUAGUUUAAAUUACCCGGAACAAAAAGAGAAAAAAAAAACAAAAAAGAAACAUAAACACAUUCAACAACAAUUUCGUAAAGUGCAUAACAAUGGUUGCAUCUUCAACAUAAAACCAGAAAACGGAAACCCAUUAGCAAACAGAGCAGUGAACAGUCCUAGCAUAAUGGAAAGGAUGGGUAAAGGAUCACAACUCCUAGGCUAGUUUUAUAUAUUUCAACCAAAAACACCUAAGAAAAGGAAACGAAAAAAAAAGAAUACACAAACACACAAACAUAUACAAACGAUCCAUGUGUACGCAAAAGUCCAGCAUCCUGUAUAAAACGAAUAGUUCGAUGGAACGGAGCAUUGAGAGCAGAAACUGAUAAUAGCAACUUUCUAGCAAAACGCAAGACGUACACAUCCGGAAGACGAAAAAAAAACAUUUAAGCCCCACAACCGAUUAUAAAACGACCCGAAACUGGUAAGAAAGCUGUACCGAGGAAAACCAAAGACUUUAAAAACGAAUAAUGAAAUACAGCCAACUGCAACAAACGAACCGGUGGACGUACCAGUAGAAUGAAAAAAAAGGCACGUAUAGGUAAAAGCUCAAUGUGUUUGUUGGGGGUAAAAGGGUUUUGAGGAGCGGUCUACGGGACAAAAAAAUCUCCGCUUGCUCGAUGGCCAUCAGAAGACGUGGAUCUGAGCGCCAAGGUUUUGUUAGAUUCAUAUUCUGCUGGUUCCGUGCACCGGUUUUCGUUGCACUCGUUUCGGUACAGUGUUUUUCUUUGUUUUUCUUUCCCUCGAAAAAGUGGUGGAAGGAAGACAGGACCCC